AAUACCAGGAGAUGCCAGAAUCCAGAUAUGAAGAAGGCAUGGUAACUAAGAGAUCUCCUUUCACAACUACGGACUGUUUACUCCGUCGAUCAUGUCCCCCUGUCGGCAAUUGCCCGCCCCUUGUCCCCCCCUUGUCCCGUCACCAGCCUCCACCAAAAGCCGUUCCUCCUCGGCAUCAACAGAACUGGACCCUCAUACAUCCCUAGGUCGUCCCAGCCACCGAUGAAAAGUUAUCAAUAAGCCAGUUCAUACCCUCCCACUUCUCGCUAUUUCCUACCGGAGUCUUACAAUCGUGAUCUCAACCCGUCAUUCGAAUUGCGCCAUGUACAUAUCCCCCGCCACGAUCAGCGCGCAUACAUAAUCCAACGCUUCGCGUCACCCACGCGACGAUUCUCAUUAACGAACCCGCCACGAACCAGCCUGGUCGCUCCCCAACCAUGUCCCAGCGCGCCCGCUCCCGCGAACGCCACUCCCUCCUCGGCCACUGGGUCCCCCUCUUCCUCAUCGGCUCCAUCGCCACCGCCGGCAUCGCGACCUGGAUCUGGCGCGAGCGCAGUGCCGCCGACGACUCCGACAGCGACGACGACCCAGACACCAGCAGCCUCAGCUACGGCGAAGGGCAGGGGUCCGCGCGGCCGGGGAAGGGGAAGCGACGCGCGGACCCGCCGCCGCCGGGAUACGAUGUUACGAUGGACGAGCGGGGACCGCAGAUGGGGGUGAUUGGGUCGGGAGAGGGGUUUGGGUCUGGGGUGCCUGGGGAGGAGACGUUGAUGGCGAGGAUGGCGGGGGCAAUGAAGAGGACGCCAAGUCCGCAGCAGAUGAUCGAUGCGGCGGGGAAGCGGGUGCAGGCCGGGAUGGCGGCGGCGGGGGCGAUGGUGGGUGGGGCGUUGGGGGCGAUACGCGAGGAGGGGAAGGAUAGCGAUUAUGUGGAUCAUGAGAGGUGGGAGGAGGAGGUGGGGAGGAGGGGAGAUGGUGCUGGAACGGAAGGUUCGAUGAAAGAGGCGGAUCCGAGAAAGCGGAAUAUCAAAAGGCGGACGGUUGCGAUUGUCGUGAGUGCCGAAGCGGGUUCUUUGGAAGAGGAAGAAGGAAGCUAUUCUGAGCAAGCGUCCCUCCUCUCCCACCUCAACUCCGUUGACCAUGAUUCCGUCAACCUCCUCAUCCUCAUCUACGCUCCCCACCUCUCCUCCCCACCCACCCAACCCGCCUCCCUCGCGUCCUCCUACUCCGCCAUCUCCACCCCCGCCAUCACUCCCGCCUCCGAACUCCAACCACUCACCCCCGCCCUCUCCGCCACCGACCUCUCCGCCAGUGCUUCCCGCUACAACAUCCUCCGCGCCCACGCCGACCGCCUCGUCGACGCCCCAACCUGCGUCAUGCCCUUCGCCUCUCCGGCCGGCCACCUUCACAUGCUGCGCCACCUCGCCCCUGACGUCGUGUAUCUGACCGAGGGCCUCGCCGGCGCGGACGGGGAUACCGUCGAGAAGUUGGGGAAGUGGGUCGGACAGAUCGUGGUUGUGUUGGGCGGAGAUGGGGAGUGGGCGGGCCUGGCGGAUACGGAUACGGAGGAUGAAGGGAGGAAGAGGAGGGAGGAGAGCGGGGUAAAAUGGUGGGAGGAUCAGAGUCGGGUAGGGCUUGGAAGGGGAUUGGAGGUGGUGGAAGGGAUGAGGUUGGCGGAGGACUUUGAGCGGAGGGUCGUGGGGCGGGAAUAGAUCCGAUGGUCGUCCUUGCUGAGUAUUAUGGGCGAUAUGGCACAGCUGCGGGAUCCCAUCUCAUUGAUUCUUCUAUCAGGCUUGGAUUCGCUUCACGUCAUCUUCGCUCUUUGAUUUUCAGCUCCGCGCCGGCGCACGGCUCGGUAGAUCCCCCAUCGUCACGACGCAUGGCUGGUUGAUGAAGAUGGAUAUGAGGACAUGACGAAGUCCAUGCGGAGGGGUUUGCCAAUGUCUCUUGUCCCUUCAGGUUAUAAUCUACUCACCCGUCUCCUUGGUCGGGGCAGAUGAAGAUCGUCAGAUGAACUAUUUUGGUUCGUCGGGCGUCGUCGUAUUCCGUAUAGUAUCCGUACCUAUUGAAUGAAUCCCUUGUUUCUAUGAUGCGGCGACGUUUGAGAGGGGUAUGCCAUUGGAUGACGGCCCCGAUGUGUGUCGUCAAAGAAAU